UUUCCUCUUAAAAUAUUUAAUGCAAUCAUAAUUGAAAAUAAAAAAGGAAGGGAAAAAAAUGGGGAGUGUCUGGGUCAUGCCCUGUUGUUCCUCUUUUAACUAAUCCAGUGAGUGUGAGCGUCCACUAAAGGAUGCUAAAUAAGGCCACAAACAUGAUAGCUUAGUAGAACCUUCUCAUUUUUUUUUAUUGUCUACCCACCGACCGUGACGACGAUUGGCCCUCCCCCUCCGCAUGGUAUGCCUUGUCAUCUAUCAUGUUGUUCUUGUCAUUACAUUAUAUAUAUUUGACAAAUCAAUUAUUGUAGUAUAAUAUUACCCAUCGAAAGCCAGACUAUAUAUAAAUAAGCCUCCAAACUGAGAGAGUGUAGGAUUCCCUAUAAUUUACAAGCAAAACUAAAAUAAUUUAAAAGCUAAGGCGGUAUGGAAGAUCGCCGGCAUUUGUCCAAUUCCGUGGGGUUCUGCCUCCUUCCUUCCGAACUCAUUCAAAACAUACUUCUCCAUCUAACUUUCCCGGAGAUUGCUCGUUUGAAACUGCUCAACAAGUUCAUUGCCUGUGUUAUCUCCGACGAAAGUUUCGUGCGCGAGUGCAAUAUCCGAUCAACGUCGACCCCCUGGCUCUUUCUCUGCAAGAAGAGGCGACGCUCUGAUGCCUGUGUUCACGGUUUCACGGACCAGUCUGAUCGCUGGUUCAGAAUUCCUGUGACCGAUUUGUUGAAACCAGUGAUGUUCACCGGCGAAGAUCUUUACCUUCUGACGGCGUGCCGCAACGUUUUUCUGUUCGCCUCCAACACUAGCCAGGAAGUAAUCGCCGUUAAUUUGGUUAGCAAGACUGUUAUGAGGAUCCCGCCAAGCCCAUUGGGCCCUCGAGGCACCUCUUCAUGGAGAAGAUCCGCAAUGAAACUGGUAUCUGGCCCACAACACUUUCGUUUCUUGUUCGCUGAGCUGAUGGAUAACCGGCCCGUUUUAUUUGAGUAUGACUCCGAAACCAACACAUGGAAAUCUGUGGUUGCACAGGCACAGGACAGCGAACCCAAUUUGCUGCCUCAAGAUUACGUAUUCCUAAACCUGAUUAAUAGGCCUAAUCAUGAUGUCGUUAUUGCGGUAGGAUCAAGGGGGAGGGGCAGUGACCCUGACCCAGUAAUUGUAAGGCCCAGAUAUGAUGGAGAAGGAAAUGUGGGGCAUGGAUUGUUACAUGUGUACGGUGAUGGGCACAUGAUGGUCAUAAAAUCAAAUCCUGCAGGAAGCGUGAGGAUGUUGAGUAGCAUACAACUAUGGGGACUGAGCUUAAGCGGUAGGCGAUGGGAGUAUAUUUCAGAGAUUUCAGGUGAAGUUAUGGAGGAAAUGAAGAGGCCAUUUGGGGUGAUGAUUGGGUGCUUAGAGGGCAAGGAUGGGAUGGUAAGGGGGGCUUUAAUGUCCAAUAAUGAGGGUUCAUGGGGGAUAAUAUGGGUGAGUUAUGAUAAAAGGACUAGUAAAUGGAGUUGGGUCCUCCUCCCUGAUUGCAAAAUGAAGGGUCUAAACAUGGCUGGUAUUGCCUUGUCUUCUGGCGUCGUGUUGCCAUGACAUAUCAUGUAUACUGAUACAUAUGCUUUCAUUCAAGGCCCAAUGCUAAAAAGUGGUUCAGAGUUGAAAACUUUUUAUGUUCUUGAAAUUGAAAGCCCAACAAUCCAAUUCUAACAAGCCGCCCAACACUAUUCGUUUACAGCUCUGCUUCUUGUACUCUAUGUCAUAGAUUAACAUCUUCACCUAAAGGUCAUCUGCUAUUGGACCAGACCCACCUCACCUAAAUUCUGCAAUUAUUAUAUAUUUUAAAGUACGAA